ACCGCCGCGGUUAGCCGGUCCCAGAAAACUUUUCGACUUUUCCGCUCUUGUUUAAUGCCCAGCGAUAAUAUUUAACUGGCUGGGAGUGAGAGUUGUAAUUUAACUGCCAGCAAAUAAACUUGAAAUUAAAUCAAUUUGCCAAAGGAACGCGGUCCCCAGUGAGCGAAUCCAGCAGAACGGUCAAUUAGCAAUGAGCGAGUUGUUCCAACGGGCCCUGUGAAUGGCCAAGAGACUUGGUGUGGUUUUGGCCAAACGGGUAAGGAGCCGAGUUCCGCCGGCGACGGAAAUGGCUGCUUAAGUGGUGCGCAUCCGGCAAAGUCGAACCGAACCGGAACCGCAGCCGGAACCAUCGGAAUAGCAACAGCAACAACCCAGCUGAAUCGCAGAGCACUCUACACAUUAGAACGCCGCAAAUAAACCAAAAAAAGACAAGGAUAAUGGCCAAUCUGAGCUGGAUGGCCACCACCCAACUACCAUCUGUGGUUACAGCCGCGAACCUGAGCCUGACCACGCCGGGCAGCACGAGCGCCAGUUUGGCGGACGUGGCAGCUGCGUCCAUGGACGAGGACCGCACCGGCGGAAUCAUCCACAACCAGUUCGUGCAGAUCUUCUUCUACGUGCUCUACGCCACGGUCUUCGUCCUGGGCGUGUUCGGCAAUGUCCUGGUGUGCUAUGUGGUCCUGCGGAACCGGGCCAUGCAAACGGUGACCAAUAUCUUCAUUACUAAUCUGGCUUUGUCGGAUAUACUGUUGUGCGUCCUGGCCGUUCCCUUCACACCGCUCUACACGUUCAUGGGUCGCUGGGCCUUCGGGAGGACUCUCUGCCACCUGGUGUCCUUCGCCCAGGGCUGCAGCAUCUACAUAUCCACGCUGACCCUCACCUCGAUCGCCAUCGACCGGUACUUCGUGAUCAUCUACCCCUUCCAUCCGCGCAUGAAGCUCUCCACCUGCAUCGGGAUCAUCGUGAGCAUCUGGGUGAUAGCUCUCCUGGCCACAGUGCCCUACGGCAUGUACAUGAAGAUGACCAACGAGCUGGUGAACGGAACGCAGGGCGCCGGCAACGAAACUCUGGUGGACGCCACCCUGAUGGCCCUCAACGGCAGCUAUGUGCAGCAGGGAGGCCAGGGAUUGAUGGAGGCACCCGAUGCCACCACCUCGGCGGCCCAGGCGUACAUGCAGGUGAUGACCGCCGGCCCGGGUCCGGAGGAGCUGCCCUACGUGCGGGUGUACUGCGAGGAGAACUGGCCAUCGGAGCAGUACCGGAAGGUGUUCGGAGCUAUCACCACCACUCUACAGUUUGUGCUGCCCUUCUUCAUCAUUUCCAUCUGCUACGUCUGGAUAUCCGUGAAGCUGAAUCAGAGGGCCCGGGCCAAGCCGGGCUCGAAGUCCUCGCGGCGGGAAGAGGCCGACCGGGACCGGAAGAAGCGCACCAACCGGAUGCUAAUCGCCAUGGUGGCCGUCUUCGGACUCAGCUGGCUGCCCAUCAACGUGGUCAACAUAUUCGACGACUUUGACGACAAGUCCAACGAGUGGCGCUUCUACAUCCUGUUCUUCUUCGUGGCCCACUCGAUCGCCAUGAGCUCCACCUGCUACAAUCCCUUCCUCUACGCCUGGCUAAACGAGAAUUUCCGCAAGGAGUUCAAGCACGUCCUGCCCUGCUUCAAUCCCUCCAACAAUAACAUCAUCAACAUCACCCGCGGCUACAACCGCUCCGACCGCAACACCUGCGGCCCACGACUGCACCACGGCAAGGGGGAGGGAGGCAGGGGUGGCGGUGGCAGCCUGGACGCCGAGGACGAGAACGGCAUCACCCAGGAGACGUGUCUGCCCAAGGAGAAGCUGCUGAUUAUACCGCGGGAGCCCACCUACGGCAAUGGCACCGGCGCCGUCUCCCCCAUCCUAAGCGGACGUGGCAUCAACGCCGCCCUCGUCCACGGCGCCGGCGACCAUCAGAUGCACCAGCUCCAGCCGACGCACCUGCAACAGGUGGAGCUAACGCGGCGCAUUCGGCGGCGUACUGACGAGACGGACGGCGGCGACUACCUGGACUCCGGUGACGAGCAGACCGUGGAGGUGCGCUUCAGUGAAACGCCGUUCGUCAGCACGGACAACACCACCGGCAUCAGCAUCCUGGAGACGAGCACGAGUCACGACACGGAGGCGAUGCUGGAACUGGCAGACGCCAACGGUGGCGGGGGAGCUGAGUUUGGAAGACGAAUCAACUGAGAUAGGAUUUUUGAAACGCAUUUCUAAGCAUUUCCGUGGACGGACUUUUAUUGAAUUUGGUUGGUAAUUCAAGCCAACAUAAUGCUGGAACCCUAUUGUACGGAAAAAUGCUGAUAAAUGCCAAAUCAAGUGACAACGAUGUGAGAAGUGGUAAGGCAGAUUGUCUAGCAAUUGGCUGAAGCUACACAAGUCAUGGUUAUCAAAUAAGUAUGUAGAAGGAUAUAUAUAUCUGUGUGUAUAUUUUUGUGUGUGCGUGGGUGUGACUGAGCCUGGAGCCUAAAGCGCCUCUUUAUACUGCUAUUAUUAUACAUAUAUCUGUAUAUAUAUAUAAUUUCUUUUUUUCCAAGUCAAGUCGCGGCAAUUGACAAAACAUUUCGCAUAUUCACAAUGCCUGGAAGGGCAAACUGUUUCCUUUGUCGCAUCCAAUUUGUACCUAACAACUGUCAGACAUUUGUCGUUUUUGGUUUGGCUUUCGCCAGUCACAUGGAAUUAAAUUUCGUGCGCCAGUUUUUGGCCCAAUUGUGUGGAAAUAUGUCAACGCAGGGCUCUCCUUUCCCUGCUCAGCUGCCAAAACAUUGGCUAAAAAAAAUUAUUUGCUCGACUUCAAAAAAGCAAACAGUUCCACAGUUGAUGGAGCAUCAGAGCUUCCCAGCCUCCCGGGGAAAAAACAUCGAAAACUGGCACUGGUAUAAGCUGACAUUGAUGAGAUUUGCACGGUGAGUAUUCGUCCAUGGAAGCUGACAUUUCCAGGAUCUCUCCAAUGCCUGCCGGAAUUCUACAAAACUGUAACUAGAUUACCUUUCGGGCGCAAGCCCAUGGCUUUAAACUGCUAGUUCGUAUGCCCUUCCGAAUUCCCUUGAAAAGCAGUCCAGGGCAUGGUGUGUUUCUGUGAGUGAAUCUUUAAUAAAAUAAUUAACUGUAGCCACUGGCAAGUGUACGCAUAAAAGUAAAACUAUUUUAUGACAAAAUAUUUUAUAGCAAAUAAAAUGUGUCAGGUCUAAGACAGCCAACGAAGGUAUCUUCUUAUAAGUAAGCCGCUCGACAAGCUUGUAAAGUGUGUGUUUCCGGGCAUAGACAUAAACUAUAAAUUAUAUUAUACAUCUAUAGGCUUAAAUUUAAUAAAAAAAAACUACAGC